ACGUCCAAUCGGGGCCCAUCCGUCACGCUUCGGAAGUGCACCGUGUGGGGCGACGGCCAACCCCGAUACUCUCCGAAACAAGCUCCCCUCAUAAAAGCAUCGCAUCCUCAACCUCAACCUGAAACCCAAUAACAACAAAACCUCUCUAAUCAUUCUUAAUUAAAUAACAAUCACAAUCACCAAAAUGUCCGACCCCCAACACCAAAUCCGUCACAUCAACCCCACCCACCUGGAAACAUUCAUCCAGUCCAUCCUGACCAAAAACGGCGUCUCCACCGACCACGCCAAGAUCAUAUCAUCAUGCCUCGUGCAAGCCGAUCUCCGCGGCGUAGACACGCACGGCUCCAACCGCAUCCCAUCAUACAUGCAACGGAUCCGCCAAAAUGUCCUUUCACCCAGUGCCACCCCCACUCUCACCGAGAAAACCCCCGUUGUCGCGCAAGUAGACGGCCAUAACGCCUUCGGGUUCGUAUCCGCACACAUGGGCAUGCAACGGGCUAUCGAAAUGGCCAAAGUAUACGGCAUCGGCCUCGUAUCUAUCAAGCACUCGAACCACUUCGGUAUGUCCGCAUGGAUAGUCCAGCAGGCCCUGGACGCAGGGAUGAUGUCCCUCGUAUUCACGAAUUCCUCGCCCGCCCUGCCCGUCUGGGGCGGUAGAUCCAAGCUCAUGGGCGUGUCUCCGAUCGCAUGCGGUGCUCCGGCUGGAUCGACUCCGCCGUUUAUUCUGGACAUGGCGCCGUCAAUCGCCGCCCGAGGAAAGAUCUACAAGGCGCUUCGGCGCGGGGAGAAAAUCCCUACUGACUGGGCGCUUGAUGGCGAGGGAAAUAUGACAGAUGAUCCGGCCAAGGCGCUUCAAGGUGUGAUGCUUCCCAUGGGUGGGCCGAAGGGGUCUGCGCUGGCGAUUAUGAUGGAUGUGUUUUCGGGAGUGUUGUCCGGGUCUGCGUUCGCUGGGGGUGUUACGGGGCCUUAUGAUCCGUCUAAGCCGGCGGAUGUGGGUCAUUUCUUGGUGGCUAUUAAGCCAGAUUUGUUUAUGGAUUUGGAGGAGUUUAAGGAGAGGAUGGACUAUCUGUAUCAGAAGGUAGUGGAGAGUGAUAAGAUGGCUGAAGUGGAGAGGAUUUAUUAUCCUGGAGAGAUUGAGCAGAUUACAAGGGAGACGAGAUUGAAGGAGGGUAUUCCGUUUACGGAGGCGGAGAUUGAGGCGCUGAAUAGGGAGGCGGAGAUGGUUGGGGCGGAGAAGUUGAGGGUUGAUUAAGUUCAUUUGGACAAGUCGAGUUUUGAUGAUAAGAUGAGUAAUUGUUGAGUGCAGGGUUGGAGCUUCAGUGCAAAUAUGUUACUACUGUACAUUGAAAUGCUACCUUAUAGAUGGAAGUCAAAUUGCUGAAAUCGGUGAACC